UCAAAUUCCAACCCAGGCAAUCGAUAUUUACCCAUGAUAGUAAGUUUGCCAUGGAACUUUACAGCUUUUUCGUCUUGCAACGAUAAGUUUUCAAAGAAAUCUUGUUUUAUAAGACUUUGUUUCAGUUGUAGAUGUUUAAUUAUGUUUAAUAUCACAGGAAAAAUUAUCCAUAUUAUGGAACAGUGAUGGUAGCCCAGAGCGUAUGAUAUCAGGCAAACUUUGUCAGACUAUGAUUGCCUUUUGUGAGGACCACUUUACGAAUUUUAGGAAUAGGUAGUUUUAUUUGAAUAUAGUAGUUGAACUAAAUUGAAUUGUACUUUUGGAGCUACAUUUGAUUUAAAGUUAAACAACUAAAUUUCAAAGUUAAAUAAUUAAAUUAGUUUGAUGCAAAUAUAUUAAACCAUGCAAAAUACGCGUUCAUCACGUUUUUGACUGACUCAUCAUCAUUAAAAUUUGAAAAUCGAUUUCAAUUUUGAUUGUACUAUUGUCAAUUACUUAAGUAAAUACCACUUUGUACAUCAAUUUUACUAAAGUGUGUCGACGAGUCAACAUUUAUUUGGUAUAAAUACCGCGCCGAAAUCCAUUACCGGCAGACUAAGGCUAGUGCAAAGUACCUCAAAUGGGAAACGCCCUUCUGGACCUGUCUCAAACCUAGCACCUUCUGGAAGUAUUGAACGCAGCAGACUAGGUCCAGUGCAAACUAUCUUUAUUGGGAAACGCCCUUUUGGACCUGUUUCAAACCCAGCUUCAGUCUUCAGUCACGUCAAGUGUAUACAGAGUGGCUUAUAAGUAAUACGUCCCUCUGUAGAAGAGACGUGUCAUGAUACUAUUUCUAGGGUAAUAUUAUUAUUAUUCAAUACAUAAUAUCUUAUUAUACCUAUAUCAAGCGAGUUUUUUUCUACCUGAACCCCACCUACGUCCCCAGGUCAUGCUCCUGUUGUGACGUCCCCACUAUAACGAAAUAAAUUUCUGAUUUUACUAUGAAAAGUUAAAAGGUGCAAAUUACCUUCUAUAAUAACAUAAGCCAGUACCACAAGCAACAAGGUGCCACAAAUGGUACUGAUACACAAAAUUUCAUACAAAGUCAGGAUUAUUAUCAAUCAAUACACUUUAUCGGUCUAAGGCACUACCCGAAAUAGGCAAAUUCACAUUUUUUGAUAAAGUAAAGAUAACAUAUUAAACUGUACAUUACUCAUCGUGGUAUAUGAAAAUACGUCUUAUACGGUUGGUGCAAAUGCAAUUCGUACCAAUAAUAGUUUUAAGUUUUAAUAGCACAAUGUCACAAACAAAUACUCGUACAAAGUGCGAGCAUUUUGAUACUGAAAAUCAAGAUUGUUGGUUAUUUCAUACAGGAAUCGUACUUUUCUGGAUUUACGUACGCAAACUUAAACUUCACCUUGCGGAAAAUAUUAAAUAUUGAUUGUACUUGUUCUAAAAAUAAAACCGCUGCUGGUAUUGUUUAAUGUCCUCCAAUGUCUUUUUACCUUUUUAGGUACCUACCUAAUAACUAUUGCUGUUUUAGGAGUGGUUAUCAUUUUAGAAAAGGAUUAUGAUGAUUUGAACUAUCUGGCUAAUUGAAAACCGGCAAUAAUUCAAGUUUGAACUAGGUUUUAUCAACAGCGGAUAAGAAUUAAACAGUGGACUAUUACCAGCUCUUGAUUGCCAUAGUUCAAAAUGAGUUUUAGUUCUUGAAUCCAAAAUGAGAUUCUCAUUAGCCUUGUGCAAUUAGUCUUAGUGGAUUUUACAUUAUUUUUGCAAUUUUCUCAUCACCUCACAAGGUUUACUUUAUCCAAGUUUCCAUGGAUAUCGAUAAAACUUUCACCUAUGACUUUUGUCUGUCGCUCAAGUCAAUAUAUCAUUCUGUAUUUUUUUUUUUUUUUUUUUUUUUCGAUCAGUUUAUUGAUAAUGUUACCUAAAACAGAGCACAUUGCUAAUAGGCUACAGAACGAAACUCCAGAUUUGUCGCUAUGCAGUUGGUCCUCCGACGAAGAUACAAUUCCUAGAGUUGCGGUCGGUAAACCAAUCGGGCCACCUCGUCGGUAUUCAGAACUGCAACAGUUUUUAACUCCAGAUUUGUCGCAAUGCAGUUUGUCGGACGUAUUUGACGAGCUUUCUGUAGGCGAUAGAACACUUGCGGAACAAAUGAAGGAAGAUAAAAUUCCUAAAGUUCCGGUCGGUAAACCAAUCGUGCCACCUCGUCAGUAUCCAGAACUUAUAACUAGUUCCAAUCCGAACCUGUCUACUCGGUGCAACAGGAUAAUCAAAAGCAGCAAAUAUGAAAAAAACGAUCAAGCAGUUUACGGCUGGUGGCAGAAUUUGUUUCAAACAUUAGAACACGAUGCAGAUAUUCCUCCUGAAGAACAGUACGAUGUACUAGAAAGCCUUUUCAAUUCAAUAUUGUUGCCGAAAAUAUUGGAAUCUUGUGCUACGCGCAAUCGGCUAUUGAAAGAGGAAUUAGAAUCCCUGUCGGACGAUGAUAUUUUACAAAUAAGGACGGAAGUGCGGGAGCGCGUGGACGAUGCUUCAUUUCCUACGAAUAAAAGGGAUGCGUUGACCAAGGAAACUGUACAAAGCUCAAAAGAACGUUCUGCGAAAGAUGUUCUCACGUCUGCUACAGAGGCCCCUGUAGAAGUCUCAAAAUGCAAAAUGUACAUGAAUUUUUUCAAACGCAAACCCAACAGGGCUGCCGUUUGGAGAACUUUGCCGCCCUUAUCGAUGAACGAAAUGAAUUUGAACCAAAAAGCUGAAGCAAUUACAGAACAAAUAGCUACAGAUUUUAUUAAUUGGCUAAGAGAUUUGGGUGGCGACGAAGAGCUGUCGCUGAGUGUGCAAUCAAUCAUUGAAAUGUUCGAAAUCGGAUUUCACGCAAACUCCGCAAGAUCGCUCAAAGUUGGUCUCAAAGAGUUGCCUGCGGUGUCCAAACGGAUCGCCAUAGCUAAGAAAUGUCCUCAGAAAGCCAAAAGGGCAGUCCUCCGGCAAGAAAUCGUGAAAGAUAUGAGGGCGAGCAAAAAGAAAACUACUUGUACGGCUUUCGGUAGGCAACUGCCGCCGGAAAUGCAAGUGAGACCUCCGGCGGAAAAUUAUUUUAAAAAAUGGAGGAGCUGCGAUCGGGUGCCGGAACGUUUGGCAAGCAUGGCGGCCGUUUGGCAAGGAAUCACGCAUUUGAAGUCUACACGUGCCUACUGCGAGUUCCUGCUCCAAAGACCCGAAAUAAAACCGCCAAAAUAUCUUCUAGAUGCAGGAAUGAUGGAUCUCAGAAAGCUCCGAGAGGAAGAUACGAAAUCCGAUGACUUUUUUGUUGAAAUCUCUUGAUUUCCGCAAAUUGUUUGGGACUAAUGAUUUGAUUGAUUUACGUAGCCCGUACAUAUACUAACCAACCUGCAAACUGGAAAAUUUCUAAUUAAUUCAUGGGCUACGUAAAACACGGUGUAUAUUAGGAAAUUUGUUUUAUGUUUGAGGUGAAACUUGACAAACCAAAUUGUUGCAAAUUCAAUUAGCUAAUAAUUUUAAUCUCAAAC